CUUCCCCUCGCCAGAGUGACUAAGAUGGAACCGUUGUUGGAACCGCGUUCGGGUUUGUGGGCCGGGGGCCCCUCGCCGGGCCAGUUCUACCGCAUCCCGCCCGUCUCCGGAGCCUUCCCAGGGCCGGACAGCACCGUCUGCGGAAGCCCGGUUACUCGGACGCAGAACCCAAUGGUGACGGGGACCUCUGUCCUAGGUGUGAAAUUUGAGGGUGGUGUAGUAAUUGCAGCAGAUAUGCUGGGGUCCUAUGGCUCCCUGGCUCGUUUCCGAAAUAUCUCUCGAAUCAUGCGUGUCAACAACAAUACCAUGCUUGGUGCCUCUGGGGACUAUGCUGAUUUCCAGUAUGUGAAGCAAGUCAUUGACCAGAUGGUGAUUGAUGAAGAACUGCUGGGUGAUGGACACAGCUAUAGCCCGAAAGCCAUCCACUCUUGGUUGACUAGAGCCAUGUACAGCCGUCGCUCCAAGAUGAACCCACUGUGGAACACCAUGGUCAUUGGUGGCUAUGCUGAUGGAGAAAGCUUCCUUGGCUAUGUGGACAUGCUUGGUGUAGCCUAUGAAGCCCCUACGCUGGCUACUGGUUAUGGUGCCUACUUGGCCCAGCCCUUGAUGCGAGAGAUUUUGGAGAAGAAGCCAGUUCUAAGCCAAGCAGAGGCUCGGGAGCUGGUGGAGCGUUGCAUGCGUGUGUUGUACUACCGAGAUGCCCGAUCAUAUAACAGGUUUGAAAUUGCCACAGUGACUGAGAAAGGAGUUGAAGUGGAGGGACCUUUGUCUGCAGAGACCAAUUGGGAUAUCGCCCACCUGAUCAGUGGCUUUGAAUGAUGCAGUUUUAUCUCCAGCCUCAUCUCUUGUGCCCUGACUGCUCCUGGCCCUCCCAUUAAGGUCGUGUUGGCUGUCCCAGGACUGAGAUUUGACUUUUUCCUUUUGUAAGAGAUUGGUAGGAAAUAAAUCAUUCUGGACCUCC